UUUGGGCUUGGUAGAAGUAGGUCAUAUUAAUCAUCGGGUGAGUAAACGUACGAUCUCCCAUUCACGCGGACAGAGCCUCUGUAUGUUUUCCAUUGUUAUCUUGGUCAGUGAGUAACUGCGUGUACUACGAAAUACACAGGAACCUUCGUCCUACAUCUCAAACGCUGCUUCCGUACAUCGCGUAUCGCAGUGCCGUUGACCUAGUGAGUUGUAUGUAGUAAAGGUUGUGCAACAAGCCAUGACUUCGGAAUGCGUCUUACUUGUAUUUGACUCAAAAUUGAAGAGACUUCCACUGACCAUGUUUCAUUGUUAGAAGGAUUAUAUAUCGGCCAAAAGGAUGGUCUUGAUAAUGGACUUUGUGGUCCUCUGACCACGAACAAAACAAUAUGUUUCGCAGGGCAUAAUUGAACGCGAUCGUGGAGGGAAAAGCCGCACGAAUGCAUUACACACAUCAAGUAAAUUGCCAACGAUCGGGCAGUGAUAGCACUAGCAUUGGCAUGCAGCCCACUGGCAUCGGAGCUUUUGAACGAUAUUAUAUCACGUCAACGUUCAUAUUUCUCUGUGUUUUAAGAUAUUUGACUGAAAAUCUAACAUACUGUGACUCUUUAAAGUAUUCUUUGAGCAAAUGGCCACCCCGCAUGAAGUCGACGAGUUUCACGAUUCACAGCAGUGGUGCCCUCUGUGUUCUGAACGCAUAACAGACCCUAAAAUAUUGCAAUGUUUGCACAGUUUUUGUAGACCAUGUUUGGAGAAACGCGUCGCCGAACCAGAUCGCGUGAAGUGCCCUGUCUGCAUGCAUGAAACAUCACUUGGUGAUAUGGGACUAGAUGGUCUGACCUCCAGUAUUCUCAUCAAUAACAUCCUCGAUGUUGUCAGUAGCCAUGAUGAUGAAAUGGAUCAACGUUUAUUCACACUCACAGAGAAUCAUCACAGGCGACAGUGCAAUUCGUGUGAGGAGGGGCAGAUUGCCACACGCCUUUGCAAGGAUUGCAAUGAAGUCCUUUGUGAAAGUUGUGUCCUGGCUCAUCAACGGGUCCGUCUCACCAAAGAUCACACCAUUAUCUACCUGGAAGGAGGAGGCAUCAAUGGAAGCCGCCACACACCCAAGCUCCCUAUGCUCUUUCAACACUACCAGCAUCAGUAUCAGCCGCCCAAGAUGCAGCCUGUUUCUGACAGACCUCCCAGCUAUUGUGACAUUCAUAAGGAGAUGCUUCGACUAUACUGCGAUACCUGCUACAAAGCGAUCUGUAGAGAAUGCACCAUGGUGGAGCACAAUGGUCACAGUGUAGUUUACCUCCAAGAUGCUGUCCAGGAUAGCAAAGCAUUGACGGUCAAGAUGCUGAAUGAUGCCAAGGCCAACUCGAGAGCUCUUCAGGAAAGCUUGGCACACACACAAGCCAUGGCAGAGAAGGUAGAGCACAAGUGUCAAACGGUAGCUUCAGAGGUUCGUUCCAACAUUCGCAGGCACAAGAUGGGACUGGAAGAAAGAGAGAGGGAGCUCUUACGCAAAGUUGAAGUGAUCCGCCAAGUUAAGAGCAAAUCACUCCACUCUCAAGCUGAUGAUAUUCAACAGGCUAUGGAGAGCUUGAAUGAGUGUAUGGAAUCUGUGCAGAAAGCUCUGGAAUCGGGCACAGAUGUUGAUGUUCUGAAAACCAAAGAAAAGAUAAUGUCUGAGAUAAGGACACUGAAAAGUCUACGGGGUUACCUUCAACCACAGGAGGAAGAUGGCAUCUUCUUCACACCCCCUGAUAGUGUUUUGCAUACUGCCAUCUUAUCCAUGGGUUACAUCAGUAGCAGUGCUUAUCCACCAAACUGCUAUGCUACAGGUGAUGGGUUGAAACGGGCCUUGAUCGGCAAGAUAUCCUCCUUCAUGGUUCACUCAAAAGAUCACAAUAAUGAACCAAGAUGUGUUGGUGGCGAGAUUCUAGAGGUUACUGUUCGUGGUCCUGAUGGCAUCCUCUAUCCAGCUGAGGUUAUUGACCAGCAGAAUGGAACCUAUCAGGCAAGCUACAGACCAAUGCUUGAGGGUCAGCACUACUUAUCAGUCACAAUCAAGGGUAAAAAUAUCAUGGAUAGCCCAUUUGUUGUCACCGCUCGCAAUGCACGCAAGUUCACUACCAUUGGUCCAGCCCUCAUGUCUUUUGGUAGUGAAGGCGAAGGCGAAGGUCAGCUCUGUCGUCCAUGGGGAAUUGCGGUACAUCCUGAGGGAAGAAUCAUUGUGGCUGACAGAAGUAACAACCGCAUCCAGAUCUUCAAUGCAGAUGGCUCAUUCAGUCAUAAAUUUGGUUCUCCUGGAACACGCAACGGGCAAUUUGAUCGGCCAGCUGGAGUUGCGGUUAAUGGUGAAGGCAACAUCAUAAUAGCUGAUAAGGAUAACCAUCGAUGCCAGGUCUUCAAAAUAUCAGGCCAGUUUCUCUUCAAGUUUGGUGAGAAAGGUAGUAAGAACGGCCAGUUCAACUAUCCCUGGGAUGUUGCAGUCAACAGUGAGGGUAAAAUCUUGGUGUCUGAUACCAGGAACCACAGAAUCCAGCAGUUCAACCCAGAUGGCACUUUCAUCAACAAAUUUGGGUUUGAAGGUGCUCUGUGGAAGCACUUUGAUUCACCCAGAGGAGUAUCCUACAACAACGAUGGACACAUCGUAACAACAGAUUUCAACAAUCAUCGUCUGGUGGUCAUCCAUUCUGACUUCCAGUCUGCACAGUAUCUUGGAUCUGAGGGAACCAACAAUGGGCAGUUUCUACGACCUCAGGGUGUAGCUGUUGACCAGGAAGGCUACAUCAUUGUGGCAGAUUCCCGCAAUCACCGCAUCCAAGUAUUCCAUCCAAAUGGUAGUUUCCUUUGUAAGUUUGGUAUGCCAGGUACGGGGUCUGGACAGCUAGAUCGCCCUUCAGGCAUCUGUGUGUCUCCAGAUGGUGUGAUAUUAGUGGUAGACUUCGGCAACAACCGUGUGCAAGCAUUCUGAAGUGAUUAUUACGGGUAAAUAAAGGUAGGCCUUUUGUGUUACAGGGGCAGGAAUAUUUUAUUGGAGGAUGAUUCUGAGCCACUGAUAUAUCCCCACAUUCAUUUGCAUACACCUGUAGCACUCUAAAAAAUGUUGUGUUUCUACAUGUAUGUGUAUAUUAAAUGCUCUAAGCAAAAUGUAAAACAUUUCUGUCGUUGAGACUUCCAAGCUGGCUAGCUUUUAAUGACAAAUCUAUGCGGGUACUGAAAGAUGAAUAAAUUGUUAUUUUUCUGCUGUGUUUUCUGCCCUUUCAACAAUCUAAUUGUAAAGGUGUUGUGGUUUUAUGCAAGUGAUUGUUGGGGAAUACCAGUUAGAUAUAUAUUAUAUAUACUUGUACAUGAAUUUUUAACCUAAAUGCUUUAGUUUAUAUACGCACUAUAUCUUUCCUCCAAAAGGACAACACAAGUAGCAAAUUUCAGUUUUUAUUAGCUUGGGUUAAAUAUCAUGGAAAUGCAAGUAUGGCAGAUGAAGAAGAAGACCAUGCAAAAAAAUGCACUUCCUUCUCAAACCAAUUAGAAUUUUUGUUUUACCUAGCUAACCGUUUUAAUGAAAGAAGUGAUAAUAGGAUUCACCUGCAGUUACUUUGGUGUUGUUCUUGCUCAAAGUUUGAAAUUGGUUGCAGUUUCCUUUGAGCAUCAAUAUUUUCUCUUUGUUUAAAUAUUACAAAUUAAAAAAACGCAACUCCUGUUUGGCUAUUUUGAAUCAAAGCUGGUGUUUCAUGGAACCUAAUCAAAUGAAUAAACCACUUAAGUUAAGUAGCAUAAUAUACAUGUACUUCAAUAACAAACUCAAGAAAAAGGAAUAAAGGAUGAAUUGUUACCCGUCCAAUACAAUAAUAUAAAGUUACAUGAUGUAGUUCCCUAAAUAUCCUGUAGGUGAACAGUAGUAGACACUAACAUGGCUGCGCUCAGUAUCUACCUCAAUGUCAAAAUGGUGUGCUCUACCUCACAGUCAGGGAUAAAUAUGGGAAGAGGUUUCUGCAUCCACAGCUCAGGUCGAUCCAAGAAGUGAUUGUAAAUUGCUUUUAAAACUUGCAUGUGUAGUCAAAUGUUUUGAUAACUAUAAGAUAUAAAUGUGUAUGAUAUUUUGCAGCUGCCAAUAUUACUUGAAUUAUUUCAACAGGCUCCAAGUGCGAAGCAUUUUGUUGUCAAAGCUUGAAUUUAAAAGGAAUGUACAUUGAUGCAAGACUCGUGAAAAUGUUUUAUUGAAGAAAAAAAAUUGUAUUAAAAAAUGGUUGUUCUUUUGUUUAUUAGAUUAGUUUCAUGUAUAUUAUGUAGAUGUUUUGUGCUGUUAAUCCAUAACAAAACAGUGUUGAUUUUUUUCCACUUAUAUAUAUUUCACUACAUUUUUCAUUCACAGCUGUGAGGAUAGUUCAGUUAAACUGUUCUUGUCAUGUGUUAGGUGUUUGGCAAUAGCUGAGAUGUACUUUUACAAAAAGUUACAUCAAAAGUACUUGGGCAUUACUCACUUGACCAGCCUAAAAUUUCAUGUAUGAACUUAUUAGUGUUGUAAAUUAGCUGGUAAAAAGCUGCCAAAUGCAAUUGUAAAAGAGAUUUAUAUGUAUUUCAUUAGAGUUCUCUAUGGCCUUUUCAAGCUUUUUGAUUUAUUUCAGGUUAUUAUACUUUUAUGCUCAGGGAUGCCUUCUAAGUUCAGCUUUAUUCUGCUCACCACUAAGUCAAGAUUGUCAAAAUGGUAAAAGCAUUAUUAUCAAUAGUAGACUGUAUGUUUACUUCAUCUAAAGAGACUAUUUGUUUGCCAUCAAUCUACCUGUUUAUUGCCAAAGAUUCUUGCGUGCUAUUUCCCCCCAGUGAAGAAGAGCCAUGUUAAGCUUUUUUUACAAAUUAAAUGACAAUCACCCUCCAUAGUGCUCAUACCUUAACAAUAAAACUCUAGCUUUUCUUAAUUAUGUAUUAGUAUUUUGUUGUCAAAAAGGACUGAAAAGCUAGCAAUUUGCCCUUCAAUUUUUACUGGCAUGCAGGAUCUUUUUCUUCAAAAGAAAAACAUGCAGUUACAUGUAUACAAAUAGCCUACUGAAGUGAAAAGCACAAAUAAUCAAAUUUUCUUACAAUUUGAUAUUGUUUUUAUUGCUGGUUGUUUGAGAGCUACAUGUUUCAACCAUAUGUUAUCAUGCUCUAUCAUUGGUCCAUGGUUUGCAAGAUGCAAUUUCAGAACACACAAAGGAUCAUAGGAUGCUACAAAAAAGGAGAUAAAUUUCUAUACUUCAAGUAUUGUCAAUAACUCAAUAUCAUAGGGAAAAUUAGCAAAGCAAAUUGGCCUAAUCUAGCCUAAUCAAAGUGUUGUUGAUACAAGUCAAUUGCUGUGUUGGAAUUGUAUAUCAAAUUCAUCUAAAGGUUUACGGAGAAAACAUGUUGAUAUUCCUUUUUUACAAUUAUUUAACAUUUUCCUCAUACUUUUCCUACAAUUGACAAAAAAUAUUAGCAUAUUUAUGCAUACAACAUUUAUACAACAUUUAUACCUCAAGAUAACAUUUGAGGGCAGAAUAUUUAAAGCAAACAUCUAUUUACUAUUUUUGUUAUCACAUUCUCUUUCAACAUGUUGAAAUUGAUAUCUCAAUAGAAGUAAAUGUCAGUUGAUCGUGAACAAGAGUUGCCCAAAUAAGAAAACAAAUAAUGCUGCUUAUUUGAAAUGCAAUGUCAUUUGUACUCUUUCACAAUAUAAAUGAAUAGGCUAAGAAUUUCUAGAAAGGUAUACAACAUGACUGAUAUACUUAAUUUUUACCUCAGCUCAGUCUUGGUGUAUUUGAACAAUUAGUGGAAAAUUUGUGGGUUUAUGUAGUCUUGUUAAUCACCAUGUUUGAAUAGUGCUGCACCUACAGUAUCAAUGUUUGUGAAAAAAUUUGUUAGUUGUAGAUUUAGAAAAUAGAAUACUGCACUCUCCUGUUUACUCAUUAUCUCAUAUAUUGAAUGUAAGAAAUGUCUGAAUUUGCAAUUGUUGUGCUACCUCUGAAAAGACAGCUUUUUAAAAAGAAUGUCAUUAUAUUGUAAUGUCUAAUUGUAUUGUGAUGAAAAUUUGAAUUUCUAAGAAAUAAUUAUUAAUUUUGAAAUGUAUGAAAAUCUAGUUGAAAUGGGGUACCUAGUAAAAUGUCUCAUAGACUAUCAUAUACCUCAGCCAAACAAGAAAGAAGACUUUUAUCUCAGGCUAAAUAGUUAGAAAUGGAAAUGAAAUAAGGUUGAAGCUAAGCUUAUAUGCUGUUGUGUGCUAGAUCCACAGUCUAAGACUGAAGCUUGCAUAAUGAUAAAUGUGGCAUGUAUGCAUUUCUGCUCUUGUUGCUCAAAGCAAAUUACCCUGCUAGAAAAGUAAGAAUCCCAAAUGUCAAACAUGGCUUGCUUAUAUCCCUAACUGCGCUUCUCUUUGUGCUUGCUAUUAGCUUUGUGACUGUAUAAACUGCUCGAGUAUAGCUCUUUACGGAUGAAAAAUGCUGUGAUUGUGAUAAAACUUGUAAAUGUAGCUGUAUGUAAAGAAAUGCUGCAAGAAUAUAAGUUGGUGCCAUACUUGUUGUCUUAAUGAUUGUGUAAAAGUCAAGCCCAAGUCGUUUGGUUUGUGAACUAGGCCCUGACCAUUGCGACCAGGUGCCGGUUUCCUUUUUCUAGAUGGAUGCUCCAUUUUAAAAUAUGUAAAGAUGUACAUUUGGGAUGAGGCAGGAACAACUAGCCCAGAAAAUAAGUUGCCAGAAUUUUCAUAUUUACACCCAUGUAUGUAUAUUAAACCUUCUUACAAGGUUUACAUCAUGUCUUAAAACUGUGGAAAUUGACAAUAGACGGUAUAAAUGUAGGUGAAAUGUGUAAAACAGGCGUUUUUCAGGCUUUCAGCCCAGAUCAACAUGCAUAAGUAUAACUGUUGUUUUAAUUGAUGUACAUUUACCAGGUCUAAUCAGGGAAAUACAAUCUGGGCCUGCUGAAAAAUGCUUUAGUGUAAAUGUAAAUUCUAAAAAACAACACCAUACUAAAAUGUUAUUGUUAGAAUUCUGUAAUGUCAUGUAUUGUUGCCAAGAAUAUUUCAUUUUUGUUAAAUAGACGACUAAUAAAUGAUCAAGAUGUUUUAAUUUGAUUGACUCUUCAAACAAGCAGUUCUGAUUAAGAGGCCAUGCUAAACUAGUUUUGAAAUAUAUGUAUGAGACUGAAAUGUCUGAAUGCUGCAAAAAUCAUUGUAUUUGAUAAUGUGCUUAAUAUUGACAAAACUUGCAAUCAAUUUAAAAUGAGUGGAGUAUUUGAUAAUCUGUAAGAAAUGUUUUUAAGGAGUAUUAAUUUCUUUUAACUAUGUAUUUUGUGUAAAUCGGGUAGUAAAAUGAAAUGGGAGUGUCUAAAAAUUCAGCCAAACUAAAUUUCUGUUGGUGUUUUAUUGAAAGCUAACACUGUAAUAUAUCAUCACUGGUAAUAAACACAUGUACUCUAAAUGUGUAAAUUUCAGUUAACGUCCAUCUGUACAACAUAAUCUGAUAUUGAGACGCUUAACAUUUUAAAAUAGCCCAAAAUCAUAAACUUUACAGUUAAUUUAUAAGUACUGCUUAUAUGUAUUAUCAUUUUCUUUUGCAUACCGUAUUACGUUUUUUCCACUUUCAUACAAUUUAGGCAUGUAUUGAAUAUAUUUUUCAAGUGAAUGGAUGAAAUUAACUACCAGGAAGUGGGGAUAAAGUUCUUAAAGUCACACACAUGUUUGCUUUUUCCCAUAUUAGACACAAAUUACUCAAACAUGGAAUAUGUGAAUGAUGUAUUUCCUCUGAUAAUCUCUGCAUUCUGUAACAGGAAUGUUGUCAUACAAUUAAUUACACUGUGGAUUACCAUAGCAAACACUCUUAACUGGGAUGUUUUCAAUAAGAUUUAAAACAAAAUUGUAUGAUUUUUUUGUGCCCAACAUUUGUCUAACUCUAAGUCUAUGUGUAGGUUUUGGUGUAUUGUGUGUAUUUUUUUUACAUGUCAUUAAAUCAUGAGAAAGAUUGAAUUCAUGCUUGUUAUUUCACUUGUUGAGUUGUUCCGUUUCAUUGAAUGAAAAUAAAUGUUUUAGAUGGCACCAAUUAA